AUGAACGUGGGGAGAGAGAGUGCUGGAGGUCACGAGGGGAAGGGAAUGCCGUGGUGGGGAAGAGGAGGAGGUCGAAGAGAAGAGAAGAGAAAGGAGAAGGAGCAGGUGUACGAAAGGGGUCAGAAGAAUAUCGAGGGUGAGUUCGCUCAGUUCGAUAACCAGCUCUACCAUUACUCCCAGUCUUCUGUCUACGUUCCUCUCCAUCCUCAGCAAGAUCAAGUUAGACCUUUCCUUCCCACUCUCAUCUUCAUGAUCACGGGCACAUCUGUUCUCAUACCUCUUUACUUACUCGUCCGUCACCUCAACAAUCUUACCACCAUCAACAAAGGGGUUCAGCAGUCGGAAUGCACACCCCUGCCCAGAGUCCGCCUUUCGCUUCUGCUCCCAAUACAACCUACCACUGCAACUAGCAACCCAGCACUCGGCUCUGAGUCCCUACAGCCCGCUGGUGCCGGAAAUUCGAAAUAUUGUGGGACAAACGAGAACAUGAACAUGAUGAACUUGAGUUCCAAGUGUCUGGGGCCCUUUGUUAAUGGUAUGGGGAGACGACGCAGUGGGUUUGGUAUUGUCGAGGCAGAGAAAGGUGAAGGGAGGAGUUGGGCAAGGAGGGAAGGACUCAAGUUCGAGGGUCGGACUCAGGAUAUGGAUGGCUAA